AUUUUCAAAAUGUGUCAAAAUUUUAUGGCUGAACAAAAAUUUGAAAACAAAUCUUAAAAUAUACUCAAAAAAACGAAAGUUAAUAUCGUGCAAAUGGUUAUUGACUACAAAGUGGAACCCCCGGUUUCAGAAAGUUUCCCUUUUUUAUGCUUCUCUUACAAUCUUAAUUGAUCUUCAUUUACCCCCUUUCUAAUGCCGUGCUAUAGGGUCGUGUUGGAAGAUUAAUUACGAAUUGGAGUAUGAAACCUAAAUAGUGUAGGAUUUGGUAUUUUUUUGUUAUUUAAUUUAUGUCUAACUAAGAUUUGCAGUCAAAAUUAUAUACGAAUAUGUUUUUCAGUUCCUAGGUUAAGCACUAUUAUAAAUAGAUAAAAAAUUCUAUGAGAUUCUGAAUAAAUUAUUUUCCCUGUAUAUGUUAGGGUUAUCUCCAUCUUGUAGUAAGCCUUCACCAUUACCAACUCUUGUCACAUAUCUCGAGACCGAGGAAACACCCUCAAUUUAUGAAUUUAAAGAGUUGUGAUUCCAGCAAUGUUAAUGAUUCUUCCAAGUCAAAGUUGGAAGGAAUCUUGAAAGCAAAAACAGUUCCACUGGUGUCCAAGAAAACAAGUGAAGAUGCAACAACUAUCAAACCAGCUUUAACUUCAAAUCAGUUAGCUGCAAAAGCAAUGAAGCUUCACAUGAAAUGGAUGCAUGAUGUAAUAGACAAAGCAGAUGUGUCAAACAUACAACCAAUUUGUAGGAGCACAAGCAGAUAUUUUAUGCAUGACGCAUAUGCUCGCGAAAAGAAGAAAAGGGAGGAUGCUGAUGUGCAUUUUGCUCAGGAAAUAGGGCAAAAUAGACAGUACAAUGCAUAUUGUCAGGCAGAUGAAUAUGAUUAUGACGAUGAGCCAAGGAGAAAGAUCCAGAAGAAAGCCGGUGUGGAAAAUAGCAGGCACAUUUUGACUCAGCAGGAGAGAUGCCAUUUUUGUUUUGAGAAUCCAAUGAAUCCAAAGCACUUGGUCGUUGCCAUCGCGAAUUUCACUUACUUAACAUUGCCAAAGUGGCAACCAAUUGUCCCUGGUCAUUGUUGCAUCUUAACUAUACAGCAUGAAUCAGCUACAAGAUCUUUAGAGGAUAAUGCCUGGGAGGAAAUUCGGAACUUCAAGAAAUGCCUCGUUAUGAUGUUUGCAAAGCAGGAGAAAGAUCUUGUGUUUCUUGAAACUGUGAUGGGUUUGGCCCAACAAAGGCGCCAUUGUUUGGUAGAAUGCAUUCCUUUAACCAGGAAAGUCGCAAAACAGGCACCUUUGUUCUUUAAGAAGGCUAUUGAUGAAGCGGAAGAUGAAUGGAGUCAGCACAAUGCUAAGAAGCUCAUAGAUACAAGUGUAAAGGGAUUGUGGACUUCAAUCCCAAAGGAUUUUCCCUAUUUCCACGUCAAAUUUGGCCUAAACAAGGGGUUUGUUCAUGUAAUAGACGAUGAAAAACAAUUUAAAAGUAGCUUUGGCCUCAAUGUGAUAAGAGGGAUGCUGAAAUUGCCACCUGAAGACAUGCAUCAACAUCGGAAGCACGAAUCAUUGGAUACACAAAAACAAGCUGUGGCAUGUUUUGCCCGAGAUUGGGAGCCUUUUGACUGGACUAAACAUCUCGAAUGACUAUCAUUCGGUAUUCAACUGAAGUUUACAGUACAGACGUGUGAUAUCUGCACUAAGUAGUUAAAUGUAUAAUACAUUGCUUUGUUCCCUGUAAAUGGAAUUGUCCAUGCUGAAGUAUGCGGGUAGAUAUAUAAUAUUUUGUAUCUUGAUUACUUAGCUAUGCAUUUUGACUGGACUAAACAGCUAUUGACUAGCAUUUUGCAUUAACAGAUUUCUCAAUAAUUAUCUUUCUGUUCUCUCAAACUGUCCAAUGCUA